GUGGUGGUGUACAUAUGUUCUCCCUGCUUGUAUGAAGGGUCCCUGAGGUCCUCCCCAGAUGUAAACAUUGUAUCAUGGUUCUCGCUGCGUCCUGGUCUUCCUUGAUGUGAUCCCCUCGUAUUUUGGGGAGGAGCUAUAUUUUCCCUGACUCUUAGGAGGCUGGGUGUAAAUACCGUAGUAAAGUUUUACUACUACAACAUGGAUGUCAACCCUCUGUGUGUUAUAUUGGUCAAGAAUGGCAGUAGGGGAGACAGGUUGCUUUUUCGUUAUCCAUACUCUGUUGAUACAAAAAUGGAGACAAAAGCUACAAAUAGACGAUCUAACCCAUAUUCACUGAUCAAUGAUGUGAACAAACUUACAUCUCUAAUAGCCCACACAUCAAACAUCUCCAAUGGCAAACUUGUUGGCUUUAGUGAUAAGUUAAUGGUGAGAUUCGUUGGACACCCUGUACGCCUUGACCCCCUACAACACAUAGUCGUCCACAAGACAAGCGAAAGUCAUCAACAAUCAUUCCUUUUCAAUAUUGUCUUUGCAUUAAAGGCAACCUUAAACCAUGAUGUUGUGAAUUGCUACCAUGAUCUGAGUAUGAGGCUUGGGUUGGCUCUGCGUCAUGAAGAGUACCGCUGCCAAUUUCUCUCAUCUGAAGCUAAGAUUAUGCUUGCAGCUCAUGAUGAGGCUUCCCAGCUGCCAGAGGAUGGUCAAGUCUCACCAUUUCAGCUAAUCUUGGACCGAAGCCUGCUUGCUCGGCACCUCAGGCAAGUUUAUGAAGAGUUGUGUGGAUUAGGUAUUGUUCAACUUCGACUCAACAAAUGGAUAGAAGUUAGCUUUUGUUUGCCACAGAAAGUUCAUCACAGUUUAGCAACUGGUCGGCCAGUUGAUUGUGAAGGGCUUCUUCGAGGGCUAAAAACCUUGAAGCCAUACCACACAUUGCUUCUUUUGGUGGAGCGGUCAGAACUCCUACAUACAUUGUCACCAGAUGCGUCACAAGCUCUCUGGCGAUUACUUCAUGUAGAAGAGUCACAUCUAACUCCCUUCUUCACAUUAGCUGCUGAUGCUGACCUUACUCUAACUCAGGUUUUAAUGCUAGUGGGUCACCUAGUGUACUGGGGCAAGGCUACUAUCAUAUACCCUGUCUGCAGUACCAACAUGUACGCUCUAUCUCCAAAUGCUCCCACCAUUUUGUAAGUAUAAUUUAUACAAUACUGUAUUGCUUGUAUAAGAUACAGUAAACUAAUAAAUGCAUCUACUUUGCUUUGUUUUGUUUUAAAUAAAAAAAAAAAUGGUGUGAAUCAGCUAUUCAUACCAUUUGAGACAAUAGGACUGUGCACCAAGAAAUUCAAAUUGCAACCAGUUGAAAAGAAUGAUGCAUAGGUCAAUAUGGGAAAAUAAAACAGAAAAGUUGUAGAAUAUGUGCCUUAUUUAGGCUUAUUUAGUGGUCAAAUAAGCCUUAUCUUACUAUAAAGGUGUGUGUAAGGACAGAAAACUUUUACAAGAGUGUAUAUUUAAUGCUGGAUGGUUUGGUGAAUUUAACCUCUAAACUGUGGCAUACCUACAAAUAAAAAUUCUUGUAUGUGUUGGAAGAUUUUGAAAAAUAAGUAGAAUGAAAUCUCCAUGGGGAAGUGGAACAGAAUUCUCCCUCCAUAAGCCAUG